AUGGGGGCGGGGCAAUGGAGACCCGAGAACAGCUCUCAGCCAAUGGGCUCUCGGGAUGACGGAGCAAUGGGUUUUAAUUGGAUCGCUUCAGAGGAUCCAAAAAGCUGGACAGGCUUCAACCUACUUUUUGUGUCAUCAGUCAUUGGCCAAAGCAGUGACUUCUCUAAACUGCUGCUGCAAUCGAGAUUUUUGUUGCAGUGCUUAGAGGACUUGGAUGCCAGCCUGCGCAAACUCAACUCCCGCUUGUUCGUCAUCAGAGGCCAGCCUACAGACGUCUUCCCUCGGAUUUUUAAGGAGUGGCAGACUACUUGUCUAUCUUACGAGUACGACUCUGAGCCGUUUGGCAAGGAACGCGAUGCUGCCAUCCAGAAACUAGCCAGCGAGGCCGGGGUGGAGGUCAUGGUGCGGACUGCUCACACCCUCUACAAUCUGGACAGGAUCAUAGAGCUCAACGUCGGUCAGUCUCCGCUCACGUACAAGCGCUUCCAGGCGCUCGUCAACCGCAUGGACGCCGUGGAGCUGCCUGCAGAGACCAUCACAGCCGAGGUCGUCCAAAAAUGUGCCACACCGCUCAGCGAAGAUCACGAUGACAAGUUUGCGGUGCCCUCCCUGGAAGAGCUUGGUUUUGAGACAGAAGGCCUGACCACCGCAGUAUGGCCGGGUGGAGAAACAGAAGCCCUCAUGAGGCUAGAGCGACACCUGGAGAGAAAGGCGUGGGUGGCAAACUUUGAGAGGCCGCGAAUGAACGCCAACUCCCUGCUGGCCAGUCCCACCGGCCUCAGCCCCUACCUGCGCUUUGGUUGUCUCUCUUGUCGGCUCUUCUACUUCAAGCUCACCGAUCUUUACAGGAAGGUCAAGAAGAACAGCACCCCGCCGCUUUCCCUGUACGGCCAGCUGUUGUGGAGGGAGUUCUUCUACACGACGGCCACCAACAACCCCUGCUUUGACAAGAUGGAGGGAAACCCCAUCUGCGUGCAGAUCCCCUGGGACCAAAACCCAGAGGCGCUGGCCAAGUGGGCGGAGGGGCAGACGGGCUUUCCCUGGAUCGACGCCAUUAUGACCCAGCUGAGGCAGGAGGGCUGGAUCCAUCACUUGGCGAGGCACGCCGUGGCCUGCUUCCUCACCAGGGACCUCUGGGUCAGCUGGGAAGAAGGCAUGAAGGUUUUUGAAGAGCUGCUCAUAGAUGCGGACUGGAGUGUAAAUGCCGGCAGCUGGAUGUGGCUUUCGUGCAGUUCAUUUUUCCAGCAGUUCUUCCACUGCUACUGCCCAGUGGGAUUUGGAAGGCGCACGGACCCCAACGGGGACUUCAUACGGCGUUAUUUGCCCGUGUUGAGAGGCUUUCCAGCCAAAUACAUCUAUGAUCCUUGGAAUGCCCCGGAGGAAGUGCAGAAGGCAGCCAAGUGCAUCGUGGGAGUCCACUACCCGAGGCCUAUGGUGAACCACGCCGAGUCCAGCCGCGUCAACAUAGAGCGCAUGAAGCAAAUUUACCAGCAGUUUUCCAGCUACAGAGGACUGGGCCUGCUGGCAGCAGUUCCUGCCAAUCCCAACAGUGUUGCAAAUGACGGGGUUCUCAAUUCGGGGACCAGUCGUGGUCCGGGAGGCUCCUCUGAAGGCCUCUUCACAUAUACAGCAUCAUUUCCAACAGAAAAGGGAAAUUCCACGCAGAAGCGCCGGCGUGAAGAAGACAUUUCCCUCAGAAGCAGCACUAAAUCCUGGAGGCAGAGCAACUAGUGUGAAAACAGAAGAAUACAAAGGGUCCCUCAGUCAUCUGGAUAUCCUCUUCUCUUCAAGUGCCCUCAGCUGACAACAGCAGUAACUGUGACUAACAACUAUAGCUAGAUCCAUAAAUCCAUAACAUGUCUUGGUCUCCAGAUGAGAAGUACCACACAUCUCAUGAACCACGGGGGGAAUUCAGAGACAAUGCUGACAUUCAAGAGAGAGUUGGACUUUUGAGGUAACCUAUGGUCUUCCAUAAAACGACUUGUCAUCAUCCGCAAUGCGUUUCUUCUCCCCCAUCAACACCCUACGUCAGUUUGCUGUUGGGGUGAAAGUGUAAUUCAGCGGAUCAGCUGAACGUUUGUCUGAGCAUCACUUCUCAUUAAUUGUCCCAUCCUGAGUUUUGGGACACAGCAACACAGUCUGAAGAAUAUGGGAGAUUUCUUGUGUGUGACUCAUGUGUGUUAUGACUGAAAUAACGCACGGUGGUUUACUUUGCUAAAAACAACUCCCUAAAUAUUUCAUAUACAGAAAAUUAGCUGACACUGUCAUAGAUCUGCAUAGUGUGUGUUUUUUAAAUCUCUUUCCUUUCUAUUUAGGACACAAAAGCCUGAUGUACAGUAGUAGGGAAUAUUAGGUUGAGAGUUUCACCAGGCCUUUCAUUAUGUAUUUUGUAAAUAACUUUUGUGUAUUUGGUUUUGUGCUUUCUAAACUACUUUUGUAUAUAUUUAACCAAAAUGUGAAUGCGUGUGCUUUCGCCUCCCAGGUGAUUGUAAAUCAUUAGUUUUUGUAUAAAGAAUGACCAAAUUUAACUAUUGAAAUGGCAAAAAAAUUACAAAUGUUGAAUUCUUUUCA